AUGGAGACGAGAAGAACAAUAGUCACGAGCUGUUCUUCCAUGGCGGCUCUGUUCUUGUUCAUUGCAUCUAUAAUGGCGUCUUCCUCUAUCGCGGCAACACCGACACAGUCAUUCGAAGACAAUUUCAAUAUCAUGUGGUCUGAAAAUCACUUCACGACUUCCGAGGAUGGACAGAUCUGGAAUCUCUCCUUAGACAAUGAUACCGGAUGUGGGUUUCAGACGAAGCACAUGUACAGAUUCGGAUGGUUCAGUAUGAAGCUAAAACUCGUCGGCGGCGACUCCGCUGGCGUCGUCACCGCUUACUACAUGUGUUCAGAGAAUGGAGCAGGACCGGAGAGAGACGAGAUAGAUUUCGAAUUUCUAGGGAACCGAACCGGGGAGCCCUACAUAAUUCAAACCAAUGUGUAUAAGAACGGAACCGGGAAUCGGGAAAUGCGACAUUCCCUCUGGUUCGACCCAACCAAGGACUACCACACUUACUCCAUCCUUUGGAAUAACCACCAGCUCGUGUUCUUCGUCGACAGAGUACCGAUCCGAGUGUACAAGAACAGCGAUAAGGUACCAAACAACGAUUUCUUCCCGAACCAGAAGCCAAUGUACUUGUUCUCCAGCAUCUGGAACGCCGAUGAAUGGGCAACACGUGGCGGUCUCGAGAAAACCGACUGGAAAAAAGCUCCUUUCGUCUCUUCAUACAAGGACUUCGCCGUGGAAGGAUGCCGUUGGAAAGAUCCAUUCCCUGCUUGCGUUUCCACCACAACGGAGAACUGGUGGGACCAGUAUGACGCGUGGCACUUGUCCAAGACACAGAAGAUGGAUUAUGCGUGGGUGCAGCGCAAUCUCGUCGUAUACGAUUACUGCCGCGACAGUGAGAGAUUCCCUAAACUUCCUUGGGAGUGUUCCAUUAGUCCUUGGGCUUAA